CAGAACAGAAAAGUUGAAAAGUGAUGUCCGGUGUGGAAGUGUUUUCUAACCAUUGUCAAAAAAAUAAUUUGUAAUUAUAAUUAUUCAUUGACCAACAGACUACUAUAAUUAUUCUUAUAUUAUUUAUCACAUUUUAUUUAAAAACACAUAUAGUUUUCAUAUAUUAUCAGCCUUAAAACCUGUGUGUUGUUAGUUUGAAAGUUCUGUGCAGUACUAACGGAAUUUGUUAUUGAUGCCGUGGCCAUUCAUGUUUUGUUAAUUUAUUACAACGUUUGAGACGACAUCAACACUUCUUGUAAUCUUUCCGAGUUUGGACGUGUAUAAAAAUGGACAACACGAAAACUAUAGGCAAUGGUGAGGGCGAUUCUGAGAUCUCCCUGAAAACAAAGACAAAUAUGGCAGGUGCAACCAAUAUGAAGAAGGAAAAACGACAAUCCAGAUUCAAUAUCACAAAAAAUCAGGAAUUGGAAAUGUUACCUGCUUUACGAGAUGCAGCACCUGAUGAAAGGGAGGAAUUAUUCGUACAGAAACUCAGGCAAUGCUGUGUGUUAUUCGAUUUCGCCGCUGAUCCCUUGUCGGACCUCAAGUGGAAAGAAGUGAAACGAGCUGCACUUCAAGAAAUGGUUGAGUAUGUUACUCAACAAAAAGGUGUUAUUACCGAAACCAUAUAUGCAGAGGCUGUUAAUAUGUUUGCUGUGAAUCUCUUUCGAACACUACCUCCUUCCUCCAAUCCCAAUGGAGCAGAAUUCGACCCAGAAGAAGACGAACCAACGUUGGAAGCGGCAUGGCCCCACCUCCAACUCGUCUACGAACUAUUCCUGAGGGUAUUAGAGGCACCUGAUUUCCAACCAAAUAUAGCUAAGAGAUACAUAGAUCAAAAAUUUGUUUUACAACUUUUAGAUUUGUUUGAUUCUGAAGAUCCUAGAGAAAGAGAUUUAUUAAAGACAACAUUGCAUAGGAUAUACGGCAAAUUUUUGGGAUUGAGAGCGUUCAUACGUAAACAGAUAAAUAAUGUAUUCUAUAAGUUCAUUUAUGAGACUGAACACCAUAAUGGCAUUGCAGAACUUUUAGAAAUUCUUGGGUCUAUCAUCAAUGGUUUUGCUCUACCCCUGAAGGAAGAACAUAAGGUAUUUCUUUUGAGAGUCCUGAUGCCCUUGCACAAGGUGAAAAGCCUAUCAGUCUACCACCCACAGUUGGCUUACUGUGUAGUACAAUUCCUUGAAAAAGACCCAUCUCUCACCCAGCCCGUCAUGAGAAGUCUGCUCAAAUAUUGGCCGAAGACUCACAGUCCCAAGGAGGUUAUGUUUCUCAAUGAGCUAGAAGAAAUUUUGGACGUUAUAGAACCUGCGGAAUUCCAAAAAAUCAUGAUACCACUGUUCAGGCAACUGUCGAAAUGUGUCAGUUCGCCCCACUUCCAAGUAGCCGAGAGGGCUUUGUAUUAUUGGAACAAUGAAUACGUCAUGUCCUUGGUUUCGGAAAAUGCUGCCGAAAUUUUGCCGAUCAUGUUUCCCAGUUUGUACAGGAAUUCGAAGAGUCAUUGGAAUAAGACUAUACACGGCCUCAUUUAUAACGCUCUCAAGUUGUUCAUGGAGAUGAAUCAGAAGCUGUUUGAUGAAUGCACCCAACAAUAUCGGCAAGAAAGGCAAAAAGAAAGGGAAAGGGAGCAUCAGAGACAAGAAUUGUGGAACAAAGUUGAAACUCUGGCCUCUCGAAAGCCAGAAUACGAGAUACUGAAUGCAAGAAAUCAUAAUAUCAGCCAUAUGCUUACAAGUCCGGAUGCUGAUGAAGAAAUCAACUUGGACAACAUUGAUGUGAAAACAGAAGAUGUCAAAAAGGCACGUAACACUACCAAACCAUUGAUACGUCGCAAAUCUGAGUUGCCACAAGAUCAGUACACCAUAAGGGCAUUAUCAGAUCACAAAAGAACUGAUGAAUUUCUUGUGACACCUCCUGACGUAAACAAGUGCUAGUCUUUUCUCACACUUGGUGAGCUUAGUGCCAACAUAAUACACACACUUGAUUUAGCCUUGUUUUGAAAGAAAAUCACCAUGCAUAAAAAAAAUGUAAGAUAUUGAAAUAGGAUACACAUCCCCGCAAAUUAUGUUUUUCUAUCUCCAAUAAUGAAAAAGUUAUAGGGGUGAGCCACCUUGGAGAAUCACCCUGUAUCUUGAAGUAAAUAUAACACUCCGCACAUGCGCAUACAAAUUUGUUUCUGGCGGGAAGCCUAGCUUUCGCAUCUGUAUGGUUGAGUAUCUGUGAUGUAGCUGAAAACAUUGAAUGCAAUCAGGCUGAUCAAUAAUGUAUUAUAAAACAACCAAAGACCAUUUGCAGAAUUUGUAAUAAUCAAAAAAACGGUAAAUUUUUUUACGUUAUGCAUGUCUUGGAGCCAUAUAAUAGACAUAAAAAUAUAGAAAUAUGUAUGGCACUUGCUUUAAGUGUGUCGACUAUAUUGAAUAUAAGUAAAUUGUUAGUAACAUCAUUAGUGUCGUAAUUCUGAGUACAUUCAAUAACUAGUAUUAAGAAGAUAUUUUUGUUCAAAUAAUGGGAAGAAUGUAUAUAUGGAGUAGGAGUUGAUAUUAUGUCUCGGACAGUAUUUUUUUAAUGUACAGCUUUGCUUUGUCAAUGAUUUCUGAAUAUAAAUACGUUAUUAGAUAUUAAAAAUAUAUUACAUGAUUA